AAAAAAAAAAAUAAUAAUUAAAUCAUUGAAAUGGCAGAGUUAGAGAGUUGUGAUGUGAUGAUGAAGGUGAUUAAAUUCCUAUCUUCCCUUCUCCAACGAGUGUCGGAAACGAACGACGGUUUUCGGUUUUUCCACACGCAGAGAAUCUCGAUUUUCCACGGGUUGACGAGGCCCACAAUUUCGAUCGAGUCUUAUUUGGAGAGAAUCUUCAAGUACGCGAAUUGUAGUCCCUCGUGUUUCGUCGUGGCCUACAUUUAUUUAGACCGUUUCGCGCAGAAACAGCCUUUGCUCCCGAUCAAUUCGUUCAAUGUUCACCGCCUCCUAAUCGCCAGUGUGUUGGUUUCUGCUAAGUUCAUGGAUGACAUAUUUUACAACAAUGCAUACUAUGCCAAAAUAGGAGGAAUCACCACAGCAGAGAUGAACCUUCUAGAAAUGGACUUCCUUUUCGGAUUAGGGUUCCAACUCAACGUGUCGAUUUCGACAUUUCACCACUAUUGCUCUUAUCUCCAAAGGGAAAUGCUACUCGAAUUCCCUCCUCUUAUCAUAUCACCAAACAUCGGCAUAACCGAUGAUCACAAGCUCCUUUUUUGCGUUAAUGAAGAAGGGUCCACCACGAGUACUACUCAUCAACAACAAUUAGCGGUUUAGAUUUAACGGCCGUGAUUCGAUCUCUAUCUGUCUCUCUCGCUCUCUCUCUAUAUAUAUAGUUAUAUAUGAUUUUUGUUAAUUAAUUGAAAAGGGCACUUUAAUUUUGUAGUACAAGAGCUUAGAUGGAUCAUGAGUAAUUGAAAAGGGCACUUUGGUCUUUGUUUGAUGUGAACAAGAGCUACUUAUUGAUGAUCUUUAUGCUCUUUUCAAUGGACUAUUCAUCAUUUUUCA